AUGUCUCUGGUUGAUGGGGCUUUCGAGUUUCACAACGCAGCUACUCCCAAAACCUCAGUAACAGAUGCAAUACCGGGUGGACGACAACAGGAGAGUAACAUUAACGCCUCACGAGAAAGAUCUCCGACGAGAGGCGCAGGAUUCAAUGUGACUCCACAGACUAGACGGUCCUUAAAUCGAUCGUCCAGAGCUGCUCUUUCCGAACUAAAGUCAUUGCUUCCCAAGUACGAGGCUGCUUCUUUACUGGUGGACACGUACUUUGAUAGAGCCCAUUGGUUCAUCCUCAUAUUCCACCAGGACGAGUUCAGGAAACGGUGGCAGGAUUUAUACGCUGCUAGUGGUAGCCAACCAGCUCCAAGCCAUGAGGACAUAGAUUUUGUAAGUGUGUUUCUGAUGGUUAUUGCUAUCGGCCUACAAUACGCCGGAAAUUAUCGAGUGCGUCUGCUGGCUACUCAUGAUAUUGACGUAGCGAGGCUCAGCGAACGUAUUUUUACCGCUAUCAGGGCCAAGCUCCUUGACAUCCUAUCCUGUGGUUCGCUAGAGGCCGUCCAAACUUGCAUUUUGUUGGGAACAUACUAUUUAUACCAUGGAUCCCCUGCUCUUGCAUGGCCUGUUUGCGGCUGUGGCCUACGCAUUGCCCAAGCCCUAAAUCUACACCGGAAAUUGCCAAUGUUGGAAACAGACUCGUCUCAAAUAAUCAAAUGGCGCAACCAGAACGAAACGAGAAAACGUUGCUGGUGGGCUAUAUAUGAGAUUGAAACUUUCUGUUCGAUGUCAUGUGGGUAUCCUCACAGCAUUAAAGAUGCCGAUUGUGACGUGGAAUUGUUGGACCCAUCUGCGAGAUCGCAAGCUGCGCCAUCUCCCGGGCCGUUCGAUCAAUCGCCUCAGACCAAGACCACGCUCCUUACUUAUAAAUACCUGAUGUCAAAAUUGUCCAUCCUGAUCAAAUCAGCCCUUGCUGAGCUAUAUCGCAUUGGUGCGGACUCCACUGACCCUUCGAACUCAACCAAUUCAACUACGGGCCUACACCACCUUGUGCAAAAGGUGGCCGACUUGGACGCAAAGUUACAAACGUGGCGAGCUCAAGUUCCACCAGAGCUGCAGAUAUCAAAUGGAAUGCCAAUUGAACCUAGUUAUUCCUCAUUAGAGGAGCUGGACCAGGAUAUUGGCGCAAAAGGCCCUCGUUUUGAAAACCACAUCCUUCAACUACAAGCUCUAGCUCUCAAACUUGCAUAUGAAAAUGCUAGGAUUCUUUUUCAUCGGCCACUACUUUCGUACAAGCUGGUGGAUAAAGCCAGCGGCAAAGACACCAGCCCCUAUACUGGACAUUCUUCGGCCAAUCAGUCACAACCUGAUCCCUUUCGCUUGUCUUUACAGGCAUGCCGAGAAGCAGCCCUGAACACAUCAGAAAUUGCUUUGAUGCCCAUAACCGAACUUAUUUCAGUCACUUACGCAGGCGCUUUUGUUGGUAUACAUACAUUCACCGCUGGGAUAACCCUAGGGAUCCUGUGCAGUCUUGAGCCCCUAAGCCAGGAAUCCCAAUUGGCCAAGAGUGGCAUGCAUCGGCUCAUUAAUAUACAAUCAAGACUAAAAGAACGUUACCCUGUGGCUGCGCAAAGCCUUGAGAUUCUCCAGCGACUGACCAAGCACGUUAUGGACAAAGAGCUAUCCGCUAUAUUAGACGUGGGAAAGCCGCCGGAGACACCAAAUCUAAGUACAGGUGACAACACAGCGACAUACCAGUCAAUGAAUACUUAUAACCCACAAACCCUUGCAUUAGCCAGUGCACCUCAGCAGUCGAAUAUACAGCUCGGCUCUGAACAUUCUUCAGCCCUACCAGUGAAUGAAACCUUGGGCAAUACCAAUUUUACCAGUGACCUGCCCCUUCAAUACGGGGAGGACCCAGCAUUAUCACAGGCCAUUUAUGACUUUGACCAAGCCCUCCGAGUUGCGAGAAGGGUCACCUAUGAGCUCUUCACUCUGGCCAGCUACAAAUGA